GUCGUCAUUUGACUUCGUUAGUACACGAUGCCAUCGAAAAAUGAUUGCUCAUGACAGCGUCGCUUGAAUUAAAUGUAACUGUUUUUUCCAGUGUUUCUACAUGAUUAAUUAAUUUCCUCAUUAAUUGAGAACGGGUUAUUUGUCGUGUUUCGUAUCGGAAAUCCAGUGAAAAAGAAGUGUUAUGUGAAGAGAGUUCAUUGAUCGUUGUUGGCUUCCCGACAGACGCCAUUUUGCCAUGGCCUUUUUAAUGAUGCAAAAGUGCGCAUUUUUGAAAUAAUAUAUUCAAAAACAAAGUUUGUGUAGAGAAAAAGUACUGUAAAUUCCUGUGCAUUUUUUUUGUUUCAAGCGUGAAGUUUGUUACAUUAAAUUUACUGGCAGUUAUUUCGUAUAUGAAACAAGUUGAUAUUUGACAAUUUGUUAAUUGACUCGCGUAGUCGAGUUUCAGGAUGGCAAUAUGGCUGUCAGUUUCACGCGAUCAGUGAAUCUUGCAUCACGCUGACAGAAGCAUCGCUUUCUUUCGCACAUGGUUUCAAGUUUCGAGAAGAGAUCUAUCCCCCGCGGAGAGUCUGUUUCUGCAAAAUGUUGCUAGUAUCGCGAGACUUGGUUGGCGGCACGGCGAAUUACCAGAGAACGCAGGGCUGACAUUCGAGCAACUACCAUUUGGUAGGCUUGAGUAGUGUUAUGUCUCCUCAGCAUCGAUCUCCCUGGUCACAACCGAAUCGUCUUGGCAAGCAAUUAGAGAGCUGCAAUGCUCAAUUCAAAGUAUACCCUUGCCAACUCAAUUGUUGAUGAAGACUCGUAGCAUCAAUCAUCGAAGUAAAGCAGUUACCUGCUACAAAGCAUUUAUGUACCAUACAUGUCGGAAAGAAAAGAAACCAAGAUGCAGCAGGUGGACACGAUCUCGCAAAAUAACUCUUUAGAUGUGGAGGAGCGAGAAAGGCUGUGUAAUAUACCGAAGACGAGUGCACCUGGUAAAGCGUCGGCAACACCGGCUGCUCCACCUCGGGAACCACCUCCACGAGAAGAGCCGCCUGUGGAACCAGUGAACGGAAUUGUUCAACCGCCCGUUGUAGCGCCUCCCAAUCGACCGGGUCGCAAUACCAAUCAGAUACAUUAUCUUUCGAAAGGUGUUUUCAAAGCAGUAUGGAAGCAUCAAUUUGCUUGGCCGUUUCAGCAGCCAGUCGAUGCGAAAAAGCUCAAUUUACCAGACUAUCACAAAAUUAUCAAGCAGCCGAUGGAUUUGGGUACAAUCAAAAAACGUUUAGAGAAUUUCUAUUACUGGAGCGCCAAAGAAUGCAUUCAAGAUUUCAAUACAAUGUUCACCAAUUGUUACGUUUACAACAAACCAGGCGAGGAUGUUGUGGUUAUGGCGCAAGCUCUCGAAAAGUUGUUCCUAACGAAGGUGUCGCAUAUGCCAAAAGAUGAGGUGGAACUUGAUCCACCCGCUCCAAAGGGGCCAAAGGGCAAGAAACCUGGUAGAGUUGGCGCGCCACAGACUGGCGCUGUACCAUCAGCAACUGGUGGUCCAGGUCGCGGGCGACCGUCGUCUGGAGCGUCUGCCGUCACGUCCAGUGUUCCAAAUAAUAUGGCACCAACGUCAACAACUGCUGGAACAACAGGUGUUAUGCCAAUGCCACCACUUGGCACUCAGGCGCCAGUUUCCGUACCUGGAAGCACUAAUACGACAACAAUUGCACCACCAUCGAGUUUAGGUGUCACAUCAAUGGCAACACAUAACUCAUUACCGCAACAAGUUGUCCCACCAACGACAGGUUAUCAUGCGCAACCAGCAAUGGACCCACAAACGCCAACUCCCGUACCCCCAUCGACACAAAUUCCCACCGCACCCCCCGUGAUGCCACCCUCGCAGCCUGCCAAAGUCAAGAAAGGCGUGAAAAGAAAAGCUGAUACCACAACACCCACCGCUAAUUCAUUCGAUCCCAUUUACAAUCCCCUCGAACCCAAGAAUGCCAAAAUCCCUGCGAGACGAGAAUCAGGCAGACAAAUCAAGAAGCCAACGAGGCAAGCUGACGAUGGCCUGGUGCCGUACCAUCAGGCUAGUAUGCCAAUGAUGGCUGCUAUGGCACAACAGCAACCUCCACAUCCUGGCGGUAAGACAAAGGAGAAACUCUCAGAAGCUUUGAAAUCGUGUAAUGACAUUCUCAAGGAACUGUUCUCCAAGAAACAUUCGGGUUAUGCGUGGCCUUUUUAUAAGCCAGUGGACGCUGAUCUUUUGGGUCUUCACGAUUAUCAUGAGAUCAUCAGGAAACCAAUGGAUCUUGGUACAGUGAAGACGAAAAUGGACAGUCGAGAGUAUAAAACAGCUCAAGAAUUCGCCAGCGAUGUGCGACUUAUAUUCACCAAUUGCUAUAAGUACAAUCCACCGGAUCAUGAUGUCGUCGCAAUGGCGAGAAAAUUACAAGACGUUUUUGAAAUGAGGUACGCUAAAAUACCCGACGAACCAUCGGGCACUGUUGUUGGAAUAAAGGGCAGCAGUACAAGUGGCAGCAGUUCAGCGUCUGAAAGUGAUAGCGAGAGUGAAGACUCCGAGGAGGAAUUCCAACGCUCUCAGAAGCUUGUUGCCUUACAGCAGAAGUUGAAAGCCGUACAGGAACAGGUAAGAAUGCUGGCGGAGGAAUCGACGAAAAAGAAGAAGGGAAAGAAGAAGAAAUCGGAUAAGCCAAAAUCAAAGCCAAUGAGUAAUAAAACGCCAAAUCUCAUUGGCAGUCACAGUGGUGCCAUGAAAGAAUUAAUGAAGCCAAGCGCUGGAAUUUCAAAUGUUGCCGAUAAUGUUACGGCCGGUAUUGGAAAUGCACCAAUUAAUGCUGGCGAUAUGAAAAUGCCAGCAGGCGCUGGUGGUGAUAUUCAUCAUCCAGCAAUGGCUUCCGUUGGACCAAACAAGGCCCAUGCAACGGCAAAUCUUGGACAUCAUAUGCCACCGGCGACAAAUGCAAAAACGAAAGGCAAAGGCCGAGGACCCGGUAAAGCUGCAGCAGCCAAUGCAGCGACAAAAAGGCCGAAAGCCAAUAGUCGAUCGGCUGGUAAUAAAAAGAAAAACGUUGGCAAUCUAUUGCCGCCAAUUCCAUUUGAUUCCGAGGACGAGGAUAAUGCCAAACCCAUGUCCUACGAUGAGAAACGUCAACUCAGUCUCGAUAUUAAUAAAUUGCCUGGUGAUAAACUGGGUCGUGUUGUGCACAUAAUUCAGUCCCGUGAGCCGUCGUUAAGGGAUUCGAAUCCUGACGAAAUUGAAAUUGAUUUUGAAACCCUAAAACCAUCGACAUUACGGGAAUUGGAAAAUUACGUUGCCUCGUGUCUUAGAAAAAAACCACGUAAGCUCUACUAUAAGAAACUCAGCGGCAAAUCUAAGGAAGAUCAGAUGGCUGAGAAGAAGCAGGAACUCGAAAAAAGAUUACAAGACGUUACGGGCCAACUGGGAAACGUCAAGAAGGCUCCCAAAAAAGAAGACAGUAGUAAGUCAGUAGACGUAGUGGGAACUGCUGGAACUAGUGGACCUUCGAGAUUGUCAGCAUCCAGUAGUAGUAGCAGUGACAGUGAUUCCAGUAGCAGUUCUUUAUCUUCGAGUUCCAGUGAUUCUAGCGACAGCGAAGCAGGCAAUUCAUCGAAUCGACCGCCACGAAAGAAAACCAAAAAGGGUACGAUGACACCUGGACCACCAACGACCACUGCACCAACUGUGGUACCACCGGCGACUAAUUUAAAUCAUACCGGUGGUCUUCUAAUGAAUAAUCAACCAUCGACGAAUUCCACGGGACCAGCGGCAAAACCAACAAUCACGCAGGCAAAUAAUAUUCCAGCUGAACAAGGUGCAGCUCCACAACAAUCAAUUGCAGUUCCACCGGCGACAGUUGGACAGACAAUGCCAAUAGCGAGUCACAGUUCGAUGCCAGCUCAGCCAGCCCGUCCAGUUGCGAUGGCCACUGCGGCACCAAUUAAAAAACCAACGCCACCACCACCGCCAGCACCGCCGGCUAAUACGAAUACCACUACUUCCUUAUCGGUUCCAACGCCAUCGCCAAGUGUCACUCCAACGAAUAUCAAUUCCACCACCACGAGUACCGUCGCCUCUUCGCUAAUCAUAUCGCCCGUUCUUCAGCCCCAAACCACAAUUGUCAAUACCUUCCCGAAUCCAACUACUCCCACAAUUACCACGGAUUCAAUUGCUCUCAAUCAGCCUCAGGAUCUUUUGCAGCCAUACAAUACUCUAGUAACGGUGCCGACAACGCAUUCAAAUUUGGAUCAAGCACUCUCGGCAUUAAAGAAGGAGCCACAUAUUCCAAUGCUUCAAACAUCGCAUGGGUCGAGUAAUAAUUUAUUGAAUUUUUUGCCGGACGUGAAAUCAUCGAUGAAUAUGUUGUCGUCGAGUAUGCCGGCAAAUAUGGGAAUGGGCAAUAUGAGUAUGGGCGGUUUGAGUUUGAAUUUACAACAGGGACUCGCUCAAAUGUCAAUGCAAAAUCAACUUGACAAUCUUCUUAAUCAAAGUAGUGGUCUACAAAAUUCCCAUAUGUCAAUAACGCAACAGCAUUCGAAUGGUUUUUCAAAUAUGAAACGUGAAAAUUCCCCAUCAAAUAUGUUGAAUAAUAAUGGAAUAACGGGAUUUGGAAUGAAUAUGCCAAGUAUGGUGGCAUCGAUAUUUGAUCCAAUAACGCCACUUAAUACCAGUCUGCCAAUGCAGAUUUCACAGUUACCAGUUAGAAAGGAGGAGAGAUCCUCGUUGCCAAUGAAUCAACCGCAAAUGCAUCCUAAAAUAGACGUGGGAGGUUUUUUUUCAGACAUGGCAGCUCUGGGAUUACCGCCAAUGAGUAAUCAUUCCAGUUCUCAAAAGAUGGAGAAAAAAAUGAGUCCUCCUGAUUCGAAAAAUUCUGCCUCUAAUUUCGCAUCGGCAUUUAAAAAUAAGACUGUGGAGCAGAAGCUUCAAACCGCGUGGUCGUCAUUGGCACAAUCAUCGAGUCCACAAUCUACUGCUGGCAGAGGCAUUAUGAAUGCGGCCACUGCUGCUGAUACUUUUAAUCAAUUCAAGAAACAAGCGAAGGAAAAGAACGACAGGGCAAAAGCAUUAAUUGAACAACAGGAGAGAAGACAGCAGAAGGAACAGGCGGAAAGGGAGAGAAUUCGAAAGGAAAAUGAGAAGAGAAAAGAGAGGGAGGAGGAGGACGCUAUGGAGAAGGGUAGAAAACCAGUAGAUCAUCAAAGUGCCGUACUUACACCACCGUCGAGAGCCGAGGAUAUUAGAACAUCGACAGACGACAGUAAUAGUCCGAGUCAUUCUUCUGGUCAGGAUCGUUCAGCUGCCGAGAGGGAAAGACAGAGGCUACGCGAACAAGAGCGUCGACGUCGAGAAGCGAUGGCUGGCCAGAUCGACAUGAACAUGCAAAGUGAUUUGAUGACUGCGUUCGAGAAUUCAUUAUAAUGUUAUUAUAAAAUGCUGCUCACAAAGUUGGAGCCUCAGAAGCCAGGCAGGAUUUGGCGAGAGAUGUUUCACAUAAAAUUCAAAAUUGGACGAUACCACAGAAUCGUGUUUAAUAUAUACUGUUAAUAUUAAUAACUAGUGAUGUUAAAUAAUAAAUAAUAAACUGAUUCAUGGAUGAUCAGUGCUCUAGCGUGUGAUAGUGGUGCAAAAUGAAGAAGAAAAAAACUGGAAAAUUAAUUCCCAAAAAACAAAAAAGAACCGUGUGAAGUGUUAUUCCUUCGUUUCGACUCGAGAAUAACAAAAAGACACUGUAAUUUGAAAUUACUGUCUCACAAUGACGCGAGGAAUCUGCGUGUAAAUUUUUUUUGGACACAAUUUUCAUGUGACCAUAUUAAGAUUAAAAAGAAAAAAACGAAACAAUACCUACAGAUACUUCGAGAUAUUAAUACAAAUUAUGUUAAAAAUUUCUUUCCGGUUUUUCAUAAGUUUGUACUUUAUUGUAAAUUUUUUUUUUUUGGAAAUGCAACAAGACGAAAAAGAAACGCGCACUAAACUGAGAUAAGGUGAUGCGUUUUGCGUGCGAGAAAAAGAAAAAAUGAAUAAUUGUGUAUUUCGUGUGUAUUGAACAGAAGGGUGUGUAAAAGCUGUGUAUAUUUAGUUAAGUUUUAUAUUUUUCCACAUUCAGUCAUUGAUUGUUGGGUAGGAUUUAAAGUUUUUUUUUUUUUUUUUUUCUUUUGCCAAUAUCUAUUAUUAAUAAUAGUUAUAAAUUUUUGAUCAUAUUUUUGGAUGAACGAUUAAAAUUCUCGAUUACGAAUUCGACUAAUUUGUAAAUUUUUCUUAAAAAAAGAGUAAUCGUGAAUCGUGAUAGUUCUGUCCAGGUGUACAGACUUUGAAAAAAUAAAAAAAAGAAGGAGAAAAAAAUUUUUUUUCAAUCGUGGACGUUCGUUUAUUUACUCGGUUUUUUUCAAUUCCGAAAGAAGAGAAAAAUACGCGCGAUUUGCUACUGAGAAAAAAAAUCGUCAAUUAUUAAAUAAGCUUAAUAACAAACAAUAAAAAAAUCCUCGAUUCCUCUGUCGGCUACGAAUUUUAAGACGUCUGUUAUUUUCAAAAGUUUAACAUGCGUCGAAAUAUUGAUGUUUUUCAACAUCAGAUUAAUUGAGAUCAAGAAAUUCUUCUUCCCAUCUCUCCAAGUGAUUAAGAAAAAAAUCUCGCAUUGGGCAAUAUAUGUAUAAAUUUAUUAUUCGGCGCAAAAAAAUACAAUGAAAUCGAAUUUGGACUCGCAUCGAUGAUGAAAAAUAAAUAUAAAUAAAGGGUACAAAAAAAGACUUUGAAAAUAAGAUUUUUUUUUUGUGAAAAUGAUUGUAAAUUUUUUCCAAAUAAUUUUGUUUUUUGAGACGAAAUGACGGGAUUUUACUUUCUAAACAUAUUGUAAGAGCGCAAGAGGCAGAGUUAAUUAUAUGAGCUUCGAUUAAUUGCUAUUAAAUUAUUGAAAUGAAAAACAAA